AUGCUUCGCGCACGCUUCCCUACCUCCCACCACUUUACCGUCUCCAUCUUUGGCUGUCAGUACCAAGCCGAGAGACCAGACGCUGCAAAGCAAGACGCUAUACAACAGUUCAACAGCCUCAUCAAGCCAGCAGCCAUCCACGUGGAAGAGCUAGAGCAGAAUGACCUGCCCUCUAAGAUCUGGAUGAGCUACUGGCCGUCGCCACAAGCCUUCAAGACCUGGUGGGAGAGCCCCGAGACGUCGAGCUUUUGGGGCGGGUUGCCCGACGAUGCCGGCUUUUGGCGCGAGACGAUUAGUCUGCCCGCCACGCGGUCCAUGUACGAGUCCAACAAGCCCCAGCCCUCGGGCUUUGGCCACUGCGGCGAGCACAUUCCCCUGACCUCCAAGAGCGGCUACUGGGGAGCCUACCGGUCGCGCAUGACGCCCGACGGCCCCGACGACAAGUUUCAGUCUCCGGCGUCGCCGGGAGACAUGCAAGGACGGCCGCUCAGCAAGCAGAUCCGGUCUGGCCGGGUGAGGAUGGCCAAGUUUCCCGACAAUAUUUGCUUCGUGGUGGAAGGGCAGGACUAUAGCGCCAUGUUUGAGCGGGAGAAGGAGUUUUGGAAUAAGCACUUUGAUGGCCUCGCCAAGCAGUGGGUGACCACGGUGGUCACGACCGGGCCGGACAAGGGCAUGUUGUCGGCGAGGGCGUGUCAUGCCUUUGAGGGGGAGAAGCACCUAGGAGUUUCUUCCAAUGGUGCUGUGGCAGUCAAUGGCAAUGGAGUGUCUGACGCUUCUGCCGGUGCUGCUCCAAACGGCCACUCCCUUUUCCCCGGGCUUGACUACAUUCGUCAGGCCCAGGUCCUAUUCUGGCUGGACCUCUCCUACAUGGAACACAUUGGGCGACACGACAAGGUGCACGUCAAGCUGCGGCGCGAGUUCAUGACCGAGUACGGGCCGGGCGGACAGAUGGAGGGUGGUGAUCUGCUGCUCUGGGUCGACUUGGGCAUCCUGAAAGCCGACGAAAUUGAUGCCGAGUACGUUGGAUGCUAUGAUGGGACCGGAUUUCUGGCGUAUGAUGAGCACCCUCUGUUUCAGAGCGAAAAGGUGUCCAAAUCGACCUUGCCGUCCUUCUUUGACAAGCCUAUCGAGUCUACACCCAUCGAGUGGUAA